GGACCGCAGCGCAUUCAGCGACGAGAGGCAGGCGCACACAAAACCCACCUUUUCAACACUCUUCUGAGAGGAUUUCCCAACUGUUUUUACAGGGUUAUGUCUUCAGACGUAUUUUGGUAGAAAACAAAAGGGGAAAAUUCCUGAAGAGGUUGAUUUAACGGGACGGCGCGGAGGAGAGUUUGUUGAAACUUUGUAAACUGAGUUUACAAAGCGUUUCCACACAACUAUGGCGCUCAGAGCGAGAGCUUUAUACGACUUUAUCUCUGAAAACCCCGGCGAGAUCUCUGUGACAGAGAGUGAGCUUCUAACGUUGAGUAGUGAAGAGGUCGUCGAUGGUUGGUUGGAGGGCACGAACAGCAGAGGGGAGACGGGGCUCUUCCCCGCAUCAUACGUGGAGAUUAUAAAGACUGACACAUCACUACACGGUAACGGGACAUCCGCCAGUCAGCACUAUUACCGACAAACUAGUCCUCAGAGGAGGGACACCUCAAAUGAAUCGACUCCCACUCAUUCUGCUGUUUACCAGGGACAUCUUCAGCAACAGCGACACAGUUUUCAGACGAGCCAGGGAAGUGAUGAGGAUUGGGACGAUGACUGGGAUGACAGCGGAACGGCGGAUGAACACGGGGGAACACCUGAAAAACGCGCGAGUGCUCAAACGGGAUAUCCCAUGACAAGCACCCCAGCUUCUCGACGUGGAAGUGCGCAGCAGUCCAAAAGCACAGGAACAGUUGGGAAAAAUCUCAAUAGGUUUUCCACCUUUGUAAAGUCGGGCGGUGAGGCAUUCGUUUUGGGGGAAGCUUCAGGUUUGGUUAGAGAUGGAGACAAAAUAUUUGUGGCUAUGGGCCAGUACGGUCCUGAAUGGCAAGAGAACCCGUAUCCAUUCACUUGCUCUAUCGAUGAUCCUACAAAACAGACCAAAUUCAAAGGCAUGAAGAGCUAUAUGUCCUACGGACUCACGCCUAGUCAUACUCAAAUCCAGGUGAAUAGAAGAUACAAGCACUUUGACUGGCUUUAUGCACGGCUUGUAGAAAAAUUCCCUGUCAUUUCGGUUCCUCACUUGCCUGAGAAACAAGCCACGGGUCGAUUCGAAGAGGAUUUCAUUUCAAAGAGGAGAAAAGGUUUAAUAUGGUGGAUGAAUCACAUGACAAGUCAUCCUAUUUUAUCCACGUGCGACGUUUUCCAGCAUUUUCUCACCUGCAGCACCAAUGACGAAAAAUCAUGGAAGCAAGGCAAGCGAAAAGCUGAGAAGGACUACCUAGUCGGUGCUAACUUCUUCCUCACUAUCUGUCCUCCAGCUUUACCGCUUGACCUGCAAGAGGUGGAAUCCAACAUAGAUGGUUUCAAAGCGUUCACCAAAAAAAUGGACGAAAACAUCAUACAGCUCAAUGUCACUCUUAAUGAAUUUGCCAGAAAGCAGAUGACUGGUUUUAAAAAGGAAUAUCAGAGGGUUGGACAGGCUUUCAGACUUCUGAGUGAGGCUUUUGAAUUCGACCAGCAAGCAUAUGCAGCUCCAUUAAACAAGGCCAUGGUUCACACGGGAGACGUCUACGAGACCAUUGGGGAUUACUUUGCAGAGCAGCCCCGUCAGGAUUUGGAGCCAAUUUGCGAUCUUUUAGCGAUUUACCAGGGCCACCUUGCAAACUUUCCAGACAUUAUCCAUGUUCAGAAAGGAGCCCUCACUAAGGCCAAGGAGAGCCAGAAACACGGCGAGGAAAAAGACGUCAAUGCAAGCGGAGGCGUUCACGACCGCUGCAACAUCAUCUCCUGCGCUACGCUAGCUGAGAUCCAGCACUUUCAUCGCAUUCGUGUGCGCGACUUCAAAGCACAGAUGCAGCAUUUCUUACGGCAGCAGAUCAGCUUCUUUCAGAAGAUCACAGGCAAGUUGGAGGAGGCCUUUGACAUGUAUGAUCAAGCUUAGGAGCUAACAUUCCCGAACUUUUGUCAGAGAACUGAAAUACAAAAAUAAAUAAGCAGCCCUUUUUAUUAUAGAUACAUGAAAAUACACUUAUUGUCUUGUAGGAGUGUUUGAGGUGACUUUGAGAACAAAAACGUGCCAGAAAUUGAUAAUUGUCCUGAAAAUGUAGACUUCAUUAUUAAUUAGUAAAAUACCAUAUAAUAUGAAUACACAUAAGUCAUAACUGAUUUGAGUUGAAACCCUUGAAACAUAACCACAAUUUUAAGUUUACAUUUUAGAAGUAGUCGAUAUAAACUACAUAGAUUACCGUACUCACUUAUAAUUGUGUGCCUGUACUGAAAUGCUCUUUAUUAGUGGACUCAUUGCAUGGACUUGGACCUGGGGUGAUGUUAAAUAAGAAAAGAUUUGAAGGCAUUCAUGUCUUUUGAACUUUCCUCUGAUUCCAGUGAAUUUUAAUACAGAUAUAAAAAUACAUUAUGCAUUUGAAUGUCUUAUUGUGUCGGUCUGUCAAGUAUGGUUCUUUAUGAUCCUUGUCAAGUUACACUUUUGUUAACCUUUAUCUAAUCUGCUCUGAGGGAGAGGCCUGUGUCUGUUUCACAUUAAGAGUUUGCAAGAGAAAGACAAGACACAUUUUCUCAGCCCUGGAGGAGAAGUGCAAAGGAACAAUGACCUAGAAAACAUGGGCUGAAUCCUCCUUAUCUAGAGGACAUUCCAGACGAGGCAGAGGGGAUCACUCACGCCCUGUAUGAGCGGCUAAGACAAUAGAGCUCCGCCACAGCUGUGUUUACCACUCUGGCCCCAUUUCCACCUCUCGAGGCGGGCUGCUUUUAACAAACCUUUUCGAAAAACAUACAGAGGCCCUAACGUAUGCAGAGACACUCACUAAGAGUAAGGUUGAGGCCAUCUCAGGAGAUUGUUUGUUAUUCUGGUGACUUGGCUGGCAGGUGCUCUGCGGUAGACGCUCUCACAGCUUCUGUGAUUGUACCGCUGAGGCCCACAUGAGGUUACCAGUCUGUUUGUCUUGAUGAGAGGACGAGAUUUCAAAGUCUGCUUGAAAAGCAAAAAGUUCACUGUAGAGUCAACAAAUACAGUCCUGCCCCAAACACAUGCUAUUUGGUCAAGCUAAAAUGUAUUAUGUUGUGCUGGUCAGGAUGUUUAAACAAACAGAAUAAUGUUUUGAUAGUGCCACAGAUGCUGUGUUACGU